UCUUGGAACUCUAGGAUGAGUUGCUGGUUUUCAUGUGCUCAUAAAAAUGUAUUGACUGCAGAUUGGAACAAAUAUGAUGAUCGUUUGAUGAAAGCAGCUGAAAGGGGUGAUGUGGAGAAGAUCUUGUCUGUCCUUGCUAAAAAGGGAGUGAACCCCACUAAGCUGGAUCUGGAAGGGAGAUCUGCAUUCCAUGUUGUCGCCUCAAAGGGUAACCUUGAUUGUCUGAAUGCUCUUCUUGUACAUGGAGUUGACAUUGUGGCCACUGAUGUAGCAGGAAGGAAUGCUCUACAUUUAGCUGCAAAAUAUGGACAUGCGCUUUGUCUGCAAAAACUAUUGCAGUACAAUUGCUCAACAGAAAAUGUGGAUCUGCAAGGACGAACUGCUCUUCAUGAUGCGGCGAUGUCGGACUGUACAUCCAGUAUACAGUUGCUGUGUGACCAUGGAGCCUUGGUGAACGCCAGAGAUGCCGAUGGAAGGACACCACUGGUGCUGGCCACUCAGAUGUGCCAUCCAACCAUAUGCCAGUUUCUGUUAGACAGAGGUGCUGAAGUCAAUGCAAGAGAUAAGCAGAAUCGGACUGCUCUGAUGUUGGGCUGUGAAUACGGCUGUAAGGAUGCUGUGGAGGUUUUGCUCAAAAAUGGAGCAGAUGUUACCUUGGUUGAUGCCCUAGGACAUGACUGUUCUUACUAUGCACGAAUUGGGGACAAUGUUGAAAUCUUGUCUCUGAUAAAGGCUGCCUUUGAAGAAUCCAGCAAAGCAAGUUACGAAGUCGCGAAGAAAGGGCAGCAAGUACUGAAGGUAUCCAGCAUGCUGCCCAAAUGGACUCAACCAAAUGUCUUGGAGGAAGUGAGCAAUAAACCAUUUCUGAGGGAGCACCAGAAUAUACAGGAAUUAGAAAGAGAAAAUGAAGAUUUAAAAGGAAGACUGAGGGAAAUCCAGCAAGAACAACGAAUCCUACUAGACAGAAUAAAUGGGCUGCAGUUGCAGCUGAACGAGGAGCAAAUGGUUGCUGAUGAUCUUGAAACGGAGAAAGAUGAACUUAGGAGGCUUCUGGCCACAAAGGAAAAGCAGCAGGAGGAGAGCAUGCGAAUGCUUGAAGCUCUGAAGUCAAAGCUGAGGUUCCACGAGGGUGAUCAUGCAGGAUCUGGAAGCAGCCUCAGUAACAGGAAAGAAAAUGUACUAAAGAUGGAUCCAGGCUGUUCUGCAGAAUCCCAGCACAUACUUGCUUUGGCACCAGCUAAUCUUCAGAGCCGCUCCAUGGUGAGGCCUUUGGAGCUCCUAAGUCCAACACAGUCUUGCGCCUCAGAGACUGACAUGCUCAAGCGAGAGCUGAGCAGCAUACGGAGCUGCUAUGAGACGGCAAGAGGUGACAUAAGCAGGCUUCAGGCAGAGCUGUCCCACAAAACUGCGGAAUGCAAAGCCCUGGCAUCUGAAUGUGAAAGAACGAAGCAGGAGUCAGAUCAGCAGAUAAAACAGCUGGAAGAUGCUUUAAAAGAUGUGCAGAAGAGAAUGUUUGAUUCAGAAGGGAAAGUGAAGCAGAUGCAGACACACUUUCUUGCCUUGAAGGAUCACCUGACAAAUGAAGCUGCUGUAGGUAGCAUUAAGGUGACUGAGGAGCUGAAGGAUCAAUUGAAAGACAUGAAGGCUAAGUAUGAGGGAGCUUCAGCUGAAGUGGGCAAAUUGAGGAAUCAGCUGAAGCAGAACGAGCUAUUGGUGGAAGAAUUCAGAAGAGAUGAAGCAAGGUUGGUGGAGGAGAACAAAAAGUUGCAGAAAGGACUUGGCAUGUUGAAGGUGGAACGGGAGAAAAGGGAGAGGACUUUCUCUGAGGCAGAAGAGCAGCUGAAGGAAACAGCAGUGAAAUUGGCUAACAAAUUUGAAAAGAUGAAGAGUUCACUGUCCAGUGAAAUUGAUGAGAAGGACUGGAAGCUAGCAGAGUUGGAGAAAGAGCGUGAAAAGCUGUGCACAGAAGCCCAGCUCCUUAGGACAGAGCUGGAGAAGCAGAAAGCCCAGUUUACUAACUAUGUGAGGCCAGAGGAGCACAAGCAUGUCAGAAGCAAAUAUGAGCAAAGGGCCCGUGAGCUUGAGAAGGUGCACUUGGAACUGAAACAGAAAAACCAUACUUUGCAGAAGGCAGUAGAAAAGGCUCAGGAGGAUCACAGCCUCCUAAAGCAGCAGAUGGAGACCCUCAGGGGUGAGGUGAAGACCCAGUAUGUUCCUCUGAAGAUCAGUGAAGACACAAGGAGAGCAGUGGGAGAGCUGAAUAAAAAGCUGGCAGAAACCACUGAAAAAUACCACCGGUAUAAAGCAGAAACAGAGAAGCUGCUAGCAGAGAAGCGGUGCCUGCAGGAGAAGGUCAGUAAGUUUCAGACAGCUUACAUCUCUCCUGAAAAGCACGAGAAGGAAAUGGGAGCCUUAAAAUCUACCUUGGCAAAUUUGCAAAAGCAACUUGAUGAAUUUAGUAAAAAAUACAAAGAAGAGCAGGCCAAAGUUUCUGAACUGGUAACUAAAAACACAGCUCUUCAAAAUGUCAUGAAGGAGCAGUACGUCUCUUCAGAAACUCAUGAAGAGGCCAAAUCUGCAUUGAAUAGCAUGCUGGGAAGAACAGGUAAAGAGUUGUCAGAUCUGAAGGAGAAGAUGGAAGAGGUGAAGCAGGAAUAUUUGAAAGUAAAUGAGGAGAACGGAGCACUGAAACAGAAGUUGAGAGGGCUGCAAAGUCAAAUGCAGGCUGAAUAUCUCAGUACAAAAGACCAUGACAGUAAGGUUGCUGCUCUGAAUAAAAACAUUCAGGACCUUCAGAGAAGCAAGUCUGAAAUGCUGGCAAAGUACCAGGAAAAGCAAGAAGAGGUUGCACAAUUGCAUGCAGAGAUUGAAGCCCAGAAAAAGGAGAUUGACUUGAUUCAGGAAUGCAUCAAGUCCAAAUAUGCUCCCCUUGCCAGUUUUGAUGAGAAGGAGCGGAACUUUGAGGCAACUGUGAUGGAGCUGAAAAAUCAGCUACUGGAGCAGGGGGAACAGCUCAGAAUAAAGGAGGAAGAAAUCAAGAAACACAAUCAGGAAAACAAAAAGUUAAGAGCUGGGAUCCUGGCUGUCCAAAAUGAUCUGCAGCAAAACUAUAUCCUUGCAGAGAAAUACCAUGAAACGGAGGGGAUCUUUGCAAGGAAAAUGGACGACCUGAACAAGCAGUUAAGGGAGCUGCAGCAAAAGUUUGCUGAGAUCAAGGGAGAGAAGGAGAGGCUUCAAGAGGAGACUGCCAGGCAGCGCUCAGAGGCGCUCCUCAUGCAGAGCCGCCUGCAGGGCCAGUACGUGCCUGUGGAGCAGGUGGAGGCCCUGGAGAGAAGGCUCACCUGCACAGUUGAGGAGCUGAAAGGAGAACUUGGCAGCAAGGCAGCAAGGAGUCAGCAAGAGCUGCAGAGAACCCAAGAACUGCAGCAGGAGUUGGCCCAUUUAAAAGCCACCUCGGUGCCUCUGGCAGAGCAUUCCCAAAUCAAAGAAAGGCUAGAGAAGGAAAUGGCGGCCCUGCAGUGCAGAUGGAGAGAGAAGGAGCAAGAAAGCCAAGCGAGAAGAGAGGAGAUCUCCCAGCUGCUCUCUGAGCUUCAGAGCACUAAGCAAGCGCUAAGCAAGCUGGAGAAGAGAGAGGUGGUGGAGGCGUCUGAGCACAAGGUGAUGAGAAGCAGGCUAGAAGGCCAAGUCAGCAGCAUGGCUGAGAAACUGGCCGAACUGACUAAAAAGAAGGAGAAGAUGCAGGAAGAGGCGCUGAAGGCAAAGACAGAGGAGCUGUCCUUGAAGGGUGAGAAGGAGCUGCUUCAACCAAGAAAUGUUAACAUUGAGCAGGAAAUCAAGGACCAGAAAGAGCGGUGUGACAAGUCUCUGAGCACCAUUGUGGAGCUGCAGAAAAGGAUCCAGGAAUCUGCCAAGCAGGUGGAGGCCAAAGAUAACAAGAUAACUGAGCUUCUCAGUGAUGUGGAACGGCUCAAACAGGCCCUUCAUGACCUCUCCCAGCUUACCCACAAUAUUCCUGCAAAGAGGCAAAAUCCACAGAUGGAAGGGCUCCAGGACCAGGUGAAGACUCUGCAGCAGCAGCUGGCUGAUGCUGAGAGGCAGCACCAGGAAGUCAUCUCAAUAUACCGGACACAUCUUCUUAGUGCCGUUCAGGGUCACAUGGAUGAAGACGUGCAAGCAGCCUUGCUCCAGAUCAUCCGCAUGCGACAGGGACUGGUCUGCUAGGGAACGGGGCUCUUGUCCACCUGUUCAGGCCGCGGGCAUAUCUGCCGGUUUGUAGCUGGCCUCUCAGUGGUUAGCAGCUGGCAAACACCUCCUCUCUACCUGCUGGUAGCAGGAAUGUGGAAAAAAAUACGUACACAGACUCAUUUUUAAACACAAUGAAAAGAUCACUCAUGAUUUGAAAAAUAAAAGGGGGGGGUUAUUUAUAGGUAGUCAAAAUGAUGACCAAAACGAAGUUCUUCUGGAGGUCGGAUUGACAACCCUAAAAGAAAGAAAACCCUGCCCUGCCCAGACAUAUAUCCCUUUCCAUCUCCUUGCAAAAUAUGGCACGUGGACAGAUUUCAAGUCCUGAGCCCAUGUGCUCAAAGGUGCCUGCAUUGUUUGGGGGUGGGGGCUGUGCCAGAUUGAGGGGGUCUGUAGCUGCGUCAGACGAGCAACAUCCUGGGAAUGGCCUCAAGGCUCAGUCUGUGCCCCAUGGUGGCUUGGCUGGCCAAGUUGCCUCUGAAGAUUUGCUAAAAGUAAUGCCUUUUUAUUGCUAUUUUCAUGAGAGAAAAAUCCAUCAGAUAAUACUUUGCUUUUUACAAGAUACUUUUUCACAGAUUCUUUAUUACUGAUCUAUUUGUAGUUUCAAGGACAGCAGGACUGGGAUAGAUCUAUAUCUACAUAAUACCACAGAGAAAGAGAGAGAGAGAGAGAGAGAGAGAUGAAAAGCUGUUAUACUACCUUGAAAUGCAGCAGUCAGAUUUGUGUUUGAUCAUUCAUUUUUAAAAAAGAAGAAAUAAACUGUUUACUGGUAAGCUAAUUAACAACUAAAGUAGUUGAAAAAGUAAAAAAAAACGUUUUUUGGAAAAAUAUGCAGAAACAGAAGUAUGCCUGUGCCUCUUGUGGUGGGCUGGACUGUGCUCUUGGACCCUGGAUCCCCGUCUGCAGCCAUGUUGCAGACUGGGAAGGGGCGGAAGAAGGGCUCGUGCUUUCCAGACCUCCAUGGCUUGCUGAGCUUGGUGUCAAGAAAGGAAGAGCGUCCUCCCAGACAGGGCAGAGGAGCAAGCGCGUCUGUUAAGUUACCCAGUGGACUUCAUAAUGUUCUUAAUCAUAUUCUGUGAACUGAUGGCCAUGACUGAUAGCUCUGGCUCCUUUAGUCUUUGGGGGGAACGGUGCCUCUGCCAUUCAGUGCUCUGCUAAAAGCGGUUCUUGUGAAAGACCCAUUCAUCUUGUGGAGCCUGGGGAAAUUGUUGCUCCUGUUGUGAGGCUUGUGCCUUAGAAUUCUUUUGUAUUUCAAAAAACGGGCCCCAUUUGCUCAAAUUCUUUGAUUUUAUGGUGAUUAAUAGCAACAUCUUAAAAUAUAGUAUUUUGUAAAUUAUGUAUGAUAAUCCACUACAUGGGAUAUUAUUUAUGCAGGAAAAGAGUUUUGGUGAGAGAAUUAACUUGGCAUAGUUGUGAUGUUUAUAAGAAUAAAUACUAUGCGCUGGAAAGUUGGUAUUGGUUUUUUAAGUAACUUUGGGAUAGUUGCAAAAGUUCCAAGGUAUAUGGAGUCCUGGAGUUCUGGAAAAAAUCCACCUUUUUACAUAGAAAUAUUAAAAGUGGAUUGGUUCAAAAACACCAGUUGCUUAAGCGUCUGAAGUUGAGCAUGAACUGUGAACAAUCACAAGGCAACAUUGUGCUUGUUGGAGGCACUAAGAGAGGAUGUUACCCAGGUGGGCUUCUAAGGGUGACUCCUUGAUUUGCAUAAAUUCCUCUUGGCACCAGCAUCUGGAGCUGGAGAUUCGCUGUUGUGCUGCUUCAGCAGGCUGAAAACUUGAUUCUGCUGACCAUGAUGCUGAUCAAACACAAGGGUCUGAACUUCCAGAUUUGCAAAUAACUGGGCAUUUCUGCGCUUUGCCCACUUCCAAAGUGAACCUUCCAU